AUGGACCACACUGGUACCACCGGCCGAGCUGCCCGUGACUCACCAGUUGAACGGCCAGUUCACUUAUUCAUCUCGGACGAGAUCAUCCCAGAUUUCUCAGUGGAUGUUCUCAAGAAUAUCACGCACCUCGUUAUCGUGUCGCGCGCUGCAGACAUGUUCAUUCUCGCUUCGCUCAUCUUGGAGCGUGCCACAAAUCUCCAGCACUGUGUUCUAGAGCUCAAGGGCACCAUGGUUCCGCCUUCCCCUCGACGGGUUCAAGCCCUCGGGUCUCGCGUCAUCACCAACACCUCACUUCAGCACAUUGAGCUGAAAUCUAUGCCUUCGUGGGGCCCCGAGAAUGCACUCGUUCUAUUUCUAGACAGGAUGUGCCUUCCCGGCCUGAAUACCCUCGCUUUCAAAGGGCUCAUGUUGAAUACAUGGGGCCCCCGACCAUUCUCCCCGACUGGAGUUAUAACUUCGUUUCUAGAACGCUCGACCUGCUCUCUCGACGAGCUUCACUUCAACCUCUGCUACGGAUGGGAGCACGACUUCAUCGCGUUCCUGAGCCACUCAGCCUUCGCCGGCUUGCGCACACUUCAUCUCGACGAGGCGCCAGUCACGGAGGUAUUCUUUGAGUUGCUUGCGAAGAAAAGGGAUUUGAAGGGACACCGUCGACCCUCGUGCCUCUUACCAAAUAUCCUGAAGAUCACGUACCGUGGAGAGAAGAACUUCUGGUGGGACACCAUUCUAAAAGUUGUCAAGACCCACCGCUAUCCACGGAAGACGAAGCAUAUCAGGCCUCUCAUGUCACUGGAAGUCGAGACAUACGAAGACGGCCAGAUGGAGGAGCCGUCGAAGUAUCCAUUUUGGACCGUUGCUCAGAACUUCAAGUCGGGUGUAACAAAGGUUUCUUGGGAGUCUAUGAGCGGCUGCUUAUAA